AUGGACAGGCACCUGGUCAAGGGACUGAUGCACAAGCACGUUGACUUGGAGAUGAAGACUGCCAAACAGGCUGAAUUCAGACUCAACCAAAGCACGCAGAGACUAGAGAACAUCUGUCUCUACAAUAUGAAGUUGCUGACCAGAGAGCAGAAACAGGUCCAAAAGGAGCUUCAGAGGUUACAGCAAGCAGAUAUCAUCCAGAAAAAGUUAUCUUCUUACUUUGCAAGUGGAAUCCAGGAGCUACCAAAAGAUGUUCACAUAUUCUCACCACAGGGAAGGCAGAAACAGAGAGCCCCACAGCCUAAUAAAUUUAGAGCACUGGCAACCAAAAUGCCCCAAGAAGUCAAUAAAACCAAGACUCAGAUGCCUCCUCUAUCUCACUCUGGCCUCAAAGACCCCAUGAAGAAGAAAGAGCAGUGGCUAUCUCAAAAUUAUAGAAGUGCUCACUUCACUAAAGAAAAGCCACAAAUCCAAGAGAAAGACUCUAUAAAGCCACUUAAAGAUGCAAACUCCAACAAAGACAUCUCAUUUCUAAGUCAAGAUCAAGAAGUCUCUACCAGCAGCCUCAGCCAAGACCCAGACUACAGCCCUGCUGAUGAGAGUGGAAUGACACAUAUGGAUGAAACUAGACCAACAGAUGCCAACCUACAUUCAGACCAGGACACUGACAAAGAAAUCCCCCCAAAUCCCAUGGAAGCUGCCUCUGCAGGAAACAUGAAUGAGGAGGCCACAAAGUCAACCUACUUAGAGUUAUUUGAAAAGGUCAGAAAUGCCCAUUACCUCCGGCACAGAGUUCCCCCUGAGUCUGAGAGGUUGCUUAGCAUUGGAGAGAUAUUUGGGCAUGUGAAAUCCUCACCAUGCAAGGAAGGAAAGGAAUAUGAGAACAGGCUGCCAUCUAAGUCACUUCCUUUCCAACCAUAUAAUGAAAUUCUUAUAGUGCCACCUGCUGGAAAAGUGGGAUAA